AUGAAGCUCUCAGUAAUUCCCAAUCGUCUAGUAGAUAUUGCCUUUCUCCUCGUACUCCCGUGCGUCAACGCUCAGGCUUCACUUCCAGCCUUGAACGGUAGUUCUACCUGCGGAGCAGAAUGUCAAGAGCUUGUACCUCUCGCUAUUGCGUAUGAGCAUAGCGCACACGCUCAUUAUCCCUUAGACGACUUCUACAGCAUUCCGAGCAACUUUACACCUUCCAUGGAGCCUGGCACCCUUCUCAGUGUGGAAACUCAUACCAACUUGACCAACUACACCGUUCCUUCCAGUCUUACAAUGUCUCGCAUCAUGUACACGUCAAUGAGUCUCAAUGGGACGAUUGUGCCUGCAUCUGCCUUUGUCCUCUGGCCAUAUGCUCCUUUCGAAUACAACGUCGGCAAAACAUCGAAGACUGCCUCGGGAAAAUUCCCCAUGGUAGCAUGGGCACACGGAACUGCUGGGCUCUUUGCAGCGUGCGCCCCGAGUAAUUAUCGGUCUCUACAGUACCAGUUCAUGACCUCAUACUCGUUAGCGAUAGAAGGUUUCGCUGUCGUCGCAACCGAUUAUGCUGGGUUGGGAGUUACCACUCUGCCAAAUGGAGAACAGUCGCACGCCUACCUUGCAGGCGCAGCUGGAGCCAACGAUGUCGCCUAUGCUGUCGAGGCUACGAGAAAAGCAUUCCCGGCCCAAUUCGAGCCAGAGGGUCCGUUUGUCACCAUGGGUCAUUCACAAGGCGGAAAUGUCGCUUGGGCUUUUGCAGAACGUCAAGCACACACAAAAGUAUCAGGCUACCUUGGUACCAUUACGAUUUCUCCGCCUAUGAGAGUCAUUGACGAGCUGAAUGCGGCUUUGCAGACGAUUGCCACAACCACAAUUCCAAUUGCGUCUCUUCCUCUUUGGGUUACUACCAUCAUCGGCCUUCAGCCUAUCAUAAUUGCUGGCAUCACCGCGGUCUUUCCGUCCUACAACUACUCGGGCAUGAGUCCGAUAGCUUACGAUCGAUAUCAGAAUGUCGUCAAACCUUUACAAGGCUGCCUCCCAACCAACAGCUUGGCUUAUGCCGAUGUCACUGAUUUCGCAAUCCCCGGAUGGACCAACGACAGUAUCGUGCAGCAAUGGCAAGACCAAUACCAUGUCAGCGGAAGAGAAUUCCAAGGCCCUCUCCUCAUCAUCGCUGGCAGCAACGACGUAAUAUCCAUCGACCAGCUCUCAAGUGGCAUCAACGCUAGCUGCGACGCAAGUUGCGACCAGAGUCUCGAAGCGUACGUCUACAAUGACAUGGAGCAUUUCCCCGUUAUUCAGGCUAGUCGCAUAAAGUGGAUGAGUUGGAUUAAAGACAAGUUCACAGGUAACUCCAAGUCAGAUGGGUCGUGUGGAAAGAUGACUACGGUCCAAGGCUUUAACACGAAUUAUACUAUUCAGAGUCAAGCGGCUAAUUGGUUGGUGGGUUGGACAAAUUCCAGCUUGGGCUGGGAAGAGUCACUUUAG